UAGUUUUCUCAUUCAGUUUAUUCAUUCUUUUUUGCGGUGAUGGAGCAGUCCAGUUGGAGGGCUCUCUACCUCUCUUUCCUGCUGUUUUCGCCCCUCGCUCAAAUUCACUGUAGAGCGCUGAGUGGACCCGAACUGCAGCUCCUGUCCCUCCUCAUAGAGAAAUACAGUGAACGCUUGACCUCUGACGACCUUUCCGAGGACAUGUUGGGAGAGCACAUAGAGAGUGACAGUUCAAGGGUCAGUGAGAGUUCAAGGGUCGGAGUCAAAGAGCAGCAGACGUGGACGGAGCCCCUCACAACCAAUAAGAAGGCCUGGAUCCACUUCAGGGGGUCUCUAGCCAAUAAGAAAUGGGAACCAGUGGGCAGGCUAAAAAAGGGCUGGGCCAGGGGCUGCUUUGGACUCAGGCUCGACCGGAUUGGCUCGAUCAGUGGGCUGGGCUGCUAGGCACUGGCUGAGGAAAUAGAGAUGAUUACAAGCAGCCCUAUAAGAUGGAGCCAGUGACUAGCAUGCUGGGACAAUAAUGGCAGGAGAUUGUGAUCCAGAGAGAUAAAAUAAUGAUUUAUGAUUUUAUUUUUCAAUUUAAAUAAUAAUAAUAAUACAUUUGAUUUGAUUCGUACUAGAUAUUAGACAGGAGUCUCUUUUAGUUUUGAACGCACUCUCAAAACUCAAAACUAGUUAGCC